AUGAUUUCUCAACUGAUAUUGUGGCAAAAAAAAGGAACAAUUCCAAGCACGAUACAUACUAAAGAUCCACGUAUCUUGAUGAGCACCANCUUUUGUACAAAAGAUUUCUUAAAUCAUCGCCAAUGGCUCUCCGGAGAGUUUGAAAAACUCAUUGAGUCCCGUAAUCAUUUUCAAGAGACAUUCAACGACAAGAGAAAACUGGAAGAUUUUCAAGAUGCACUUCGUUCUGAAGUUGACCAAUGGGAAAGUGGUACUUGUAGCAAAGUACGAUGCACAGCUGAGAAAGCCCGUUGUCAAUAUUCGAAAAUGUUGAACAGCGAUAUUAAAAAUAUCGACGAUAGUUUACGUAGUGUAACUGAACGACUUCGCGAAAUGUAUGAGGCGGAUAAUUUCGUUGAAGAUGAUCUCACGCAACUCGGUGCUAUUAUUUGUGAAUUAGAGAACAAUUUCCAACAACUCACUAACUCUUCUCGAAUCGCGCUCAAUAAGGAAAACAGUGAACAGCUAGAUUGGAACUUACUCAUCUAUGUCGAUAGCAAGAACACUCAUGACCAGAAGGCUGAUGUACCAUGUCCAUCGGAAGAUAUUAAUUGUCAAUGGAAAGGUCCACUCGAUGAGAUAAACAAUCAUAUCGUCGUGUGUGCAUUCAUCCCUCGUCGAUCGAAGAUUGAAAGGUUUCAUGCUAUAAUUGAGCAACUAAGCGAGCGAAUCAAACAGCAAGGAGUAAGAAUCGAUGGAGACGAGUACCAAAUUGAACAACUACAAGAAAAUCUACAGCAGCGAAAAAAUGAAGUUGAUCUAGGCAAGAAGAACAUAGAGCAAUUGCAAGAUGAAAUCAGACAACAAGUCAUCCAAAUCAGUAUUCGUAAUGUAGAAAUUCAGCAACUUAAAGAUCAAUUGAAACGAGAAGAAAUUCGAGCGAAUAUUAGCGAAGGUGUUAUUCAACAAUUGAGAGAUAGGUUAAAACAGGAAGAAGCUGAAGCCAAACGAAACAAUGCUACGAAUCGACAACUGAAAGAUCAACUGGAACAAGUAAAGGCGCAAGCAUCGGCACAUCACAUCGACAUUCAACAGCUAGUAAGAAAUUUGGAACAGUGCAAAAGUGAAGUGAAGGCAGGCGAGAGGAAAGUAGAUCAACUGGAAGGACAAACAAAACAGCAACAGAUUCAGGUUGAAACAAAAGACAAAGAUCUCGAACAUAUGAGAAAGCAACUAGAAGCGAAUGUAGCUGAGAUAAGUACGUGUAAAAGUGAAAUUCAGAAACUGAAAGGACAACUAGAAUACCAAAAGAACGAAGUAAGAGCUCGUGAGAAAAAGAUUCAAAGUUUACAAGAGCAAAUACAAAAACAAAGCACGAAAGCUAACGCGGUAGCUGAAUCUCAACUGCAACAGCUUCGAGAGCAGUUGAAACAACGAGAAAAUCGAAUAACUUCCAAUGACAUGGAGUUACAUCAAUUGAAAGAACAGUUGGAACUUCAAAAGCAUAAACUCCAUACGGCUGAGCGAGAUAUACAACAGUUAAGAGAACGAACAAAAAACCAGAAAAAUCAGAUUGAUGAAAAUGAAAGUGGAAUUCGACUGAUGAAAAAUUCGUUGAAACAACGAGAGGCGAAAAUCGCAACAGAUGAAGUAAUCAUUGAGAAACAAUCUGGCGAGUUGGAUGAGAAAUCUUAUAAAAUAAAUAGUCUACUAUUGAGAUUAGAACAACAGGGAAAAGAAAAUCGCACAAAGGAAAUCAAAAUACAAGAGAUCGAAGACCAAAUGAAUCAACAAGCAGCGAAACUUUCGACAAAAGAAUCAACUAUCUCAACACUGGAACAAGACAGAAGAUGUCAAAGGUUUCAGAUUAGCGAACUCGAAUCGAAGCUUCGACUAAGCGUGGAAAAUACGAUGCUUUGGCAAAUUGGUUUUGCGAUUCUGCUCGUAAUACUUGGCAUAACUCUUCUGUUCGUCAUCAGUCGACGUUAG